AUGACAGAACUUAUCCUGGGUCUUUUAGGGGAGCAACAGGGCAUGGAGGCAAAGAUCCGCUUUGAAGACCCUGGACUUGUCAGUGCCCUGGCUGGUGACAGGGGAACCAACUCCAUAAACCUCACAAUCUAUAACUGUGAGAUCCAGACAGCCUGCGUUCAUCAGUGGCGACAGCUCUGUGCCUGUUCCAAAGGCAGAGAUCCACCAUGGCCCACGCACCUGAUCUUCACCAACAUGUCUGUGGCCAACUUCUUGGUUCUUCUGGUUAAAGGGAUUCCCCAGGUGAUAUUUAUGUGGGGUAAAAUCAUUCUCCUGGACAGCACUGGGUGCAAACUCAUCUACUAUGUCCACAGGGUGGGCAGGGGCCUUUCUCUCUGCACCACCUGCCUGCUGAGCAGCUUUCAGGCCAUCACCAUCAGCCCCAAAGCGGUGGCAUGGAUACGGCUCAAAGAGCAAGCUAGCAAGAAUGUCCGUAUCUCCUGCCUUCUGUGUUGGGCUUUCAACUUGAUGGCCAAUCACCUUGUCCUUCAAAACAUCGAGAGUGUUCAGCACAGCCACAAUGCCACCCAGAGAAAGGACUAUGGAAUUUGCUCGUACAAAACUCCUCCUGUAUCAAAGGCUACCAAAGGCACAAUUGUGUUAGUGUUUCCCGACAUUAUAUUCCUGGGCCUCAUGGCUGGGACAAGUAUCUACAUGCUUCUUGUCCUACGCAGACAUCAGCGACAAGUGAGGUACAUCCAUGCCCUCCGAGAUACCCGCAGACUCUCUCCGGAGGCCAGGGCCACUCAAACCAUCCUGCUUCUGGCAGGUGCUUUCAUUUUGUUUUAUUUUGCCAAUUGUGCAAUGUCAAUUUAUAAUACUGUUAUGUCCAAGCCUCCUGUCUGGAAGCAGUAUACUACAAGUUUACUAGCGGCCACCUAUCCCGCCCUCAGCCCAUUGAUACUGAUGUUUCGAGAUCCCCGAACACCGCCUUUCUGCUCAUAA